UUCCUUUGAUCUCAAGUUUCAUCCCCCCACCCUUCAAAAGAAAAACCCCUUACUCUUUGCUUUUUUUCUUUCUCUGUCGGUCACUCAAACACAUUUUCCUUGCACGAUUCAAAUACAUCUCAUCAUUUUUAAUUUAAUCCCAUAGUUUCUUUUAGCUUUUUCAAUUUUAUCCCAAAUUUUCAUUCAAAAGAAUCUUGACAAUCAUUGCUUUUUCAUCAAUUUGUUUUCUCUUUUUCUUCUGCUCCAUUCUUUCUUUUUGCAGUGUUUUUGGGUACUUUAAAGCUACCAUAGAUUAAGGAAACUUUUAAGAAGGAAAGAAGAAAUGUUGGGUGAAUUCAUUACUAGAGUGCUUGUGUUGGUUCUUGGAUAUGGAUUUCCAGCUAUUGAAUGCUUUAAAACAGUGGAGAAGAACAAGGUUUCAAUUGAAGAACUCAGAUUUUGGUGUCAAUAUUGGAUUGUGGUGGCGCUUUUGACCGUAUUUGAGAGUAUUGGUGACACUGUGUUUUCAUGGUUACCUGUCUAUGAUGAGCUGAAGCUGGCACUCUUAAUCUACCUAUGGUACCCUAAAACCAAGGGAACUGGUUAUGUGUACGACACGGUGUUGAGGCCAUUCAUGGCAAGACAUGAAACAGAAAUGGAGCGUAAAGUGGAAGAAUGGAGGGCUAGAGCAUGGGAUUUUGCUUUGUAUUAUUGGCAAAAUUGCACUGACUUGGGGCAGACUAAAUGGGCCGAAAUGUGGCAGAUCUUGUCUGGUCAAUCUUCCAGGUUAAAACAACAAGGCAAACUGACAAAAUUGGAAGACUUACAAUUGGACUUCGAUGACGACAAGCGGAGCCGUCGGAAAAUAGCCGGAGGGAAAAAUCAUAAAGGUCGAACCUGAUAGUGACUCCAAGCUUCAACAAGCUUCUUUUUUCUUUUCUUUAACAAAUUGAAACAAGCAAACACACUUUGUAAAAAAAAAAAAAACACAGAUUUGCAAACUCAAUAGAAGAAAAGGAGAAACACAGAAUUUGUUUCUUGAA